AUGCCGCAAGUGUCGAAGUCGCCCAAUGAACCUGCGCGCUUGGUGUCAAAGCCACCACUUCCGCCUAAACGGCGCGCUAUAAACCGCAGCUUAAAGCAGCGUGAGCGUGAAGCACCUGACGUGGACUGGGAACGUUCUCUUGAGCACUUUGCUGCGGCUGUAAGCGACGAUCUGGACGAACUGCACGCGCGUUUCAUCAAAAAGAACGAAGUCACAUUCUCUUCCUGGAAGCAAUUGUGGAAUGAUGCAAGAAUGAGUGCCGCUUUCCAUGUAGAAUUCUGGGACAGCUCACCCACCAAUACGCACAAGACUAUUUUACAACAAACACUGGAUGCACUUGUACAUUGCAUUGAAGUAAAUGAUGGUGCAUUUGAGAGCGUAGCAGAAGUCACGUCGCUGAUCGGACGCAUAUUCGCACUCUACUCUGCCUUCUCAGUGCAGCUUGGCGUUCCAAAACACAAAAUUGACGUCGACCCGAAGGCAUGGUCGGCGCUGCUGACGAUCGAUUUCGUCAUGCGUAGUACUGCGGCGUCGUUGUUGCCGACAGCGGCGCGAGAGGUGAAAGCCAUUAUGCAUCGUCUUGUGGUGGAAGAGAAGACGUUUUUGCGUUGCCUUCAAGGGUUUGGACCUAGUGUUCGAGUUAGAUAUCAUGUGGCAAGUGGGCAAGCUUUUCAAAGAGCUAGCGCUGGUCAAGAUUUGCUUACUGGAACAGACAAAGCCGUGGAGAGAAAUGCUCCGGUAAGCUUUUCUACAAUUGAAGAACUCAAGUCACUGGAUGCUCACUACCGAGAGACAAUGGGUCGAGCUCAAUCUUUCACGACUGUUCUCUCAAGUUCUGGUGCCGUAUUAACGGGACGGCGAAGUAAUUUGACUUUGUCUGCAUCUAAGCUUCCAAAGCUAGAUCUAAGCGAUAACAUUCAAAACUUGACUCAUGCAUUGACGACAUAUGCCGUGUAUAAAGCGAAUGCAAAACAACGUAAGAAUGAUCGUGUUGCGCGUGCAGCAGCUGCUCGUGAAAAAGAUGAAAGAAAGUUGUCUCAGACAAAAGCCAACAGUGAGGGCGGCGAUAAUAAUUCAAAUUUGAAUGAUUGCGUGACAGACCAACUCAGUUCAAGGGCUGAGUCUUUAGCCAAGGCUCAGGACAAUCCAUUGAGACGACGCGAUAGCAACAGUGAGGCCUUUUUCGAGUCUGAAUUAUAUGCGGAUAUUGUAUGCGAACAAGUCGAAUCUGGUAUAGACCCGGCUACAGUAAAUAUACGAAAAUCUUUGCAAUCAAGCGAGAUAAGUGACGAAGACAGCGAUCCUCUUGCUGAUCUUGAAUGGGAACUAACACAAAGCAUAAAUGCUGUCUCACCUCAAGGUGUGAGGCACAAUGAAUCAGAUAAAUCACCACCUCUUGCUCGUUUGAACCGAUCCAGUGCCAAAACAAUUUCCCGACAAAAAUCAGUCUCUACCUCAGUUACUUGUCGAACAAAAGCGAAACAAUAUUCAGCCAUCAGUGAAGCACGAAAAGAAGCCAGUGACGCUAACUUUGGCCGGGGUGAUUUGAAGCUUGUGACGUCUGAAAGAAAAAAUUCAGUGCCGAAAAAUGCAUUGACUUCUCUUCGUCGUGAAGAGACUCAAAGCCUUGCUCUUACAAGUAAUAUUAUAGGAAAAGGCGCUCAAACCUUGGCUUCCGAACGAAUGUCUGCUAAAGAUGUUAAAUCUCCUGCCGUUUCUUCAAUGAGAGCGACAAAAUUUUCAGCGGGUAGCGCUAUCUCAAUUUCCGAUUCAUGGGCUACGCAGUCCACGGCUGAUAGUGAUGGUCUCUCCACGAUACAAGCUGAACUAGACGCGAUUCCAAAGCUUGCGAAGUCAUUCCAGGCUGCUUGCGAUGAAUAUCCUACUAGUCUUACAGCAGCAAAGAAGAAUCGAAAAGAAAAGGAAAUGACUUGUCAGUCCUCACCAGAUGUGCUACGUCAAAACAGUGAAUUUAAUUGUACUGGCAGUGAGAAUGCUGGACAAAAUCGCCUUAUGCUGCCAUCAGGUCAUUCUACGCAAACAUUUCCAGCGCAUAGCAAUGUGGUUACCGAACAGCUGAAAGCAAAAGACGAUUUUUCUAGUAGCAAUCAAGUUGCUCAAAGAUCACGGGUGAGCGCUUGCGAAAGAUCGAUGGCUUCCGAUUUCAAACUUCGGAGAUCAUCGCGCUUUACUUCUCUGGCAUCCGAUGCUGAGAGCAAUGCACUUGGUGAGCUUGAAAAGGAGCUUGACGCUUCUAUUUUAAUGGAACCAGUCUUGCCGUUAUCAAGAUUGGUUCGAACAAAGACGACAUCUCGAAAACGAGUUUCAAAAUCGCCGCCUGUUCGAAAAUCGAUUCGAGGAAAUGCUAAGAAGCAAAGACUAACCACGAUAAAAGCUUCUCACAAAUCUGGAACGAAUCAACGAACAUUGUUAGACAAAGGUCAAGAUUCAUCUCAAAGAAAUGGUAUGGCUGGAGACAGUGAGAGUGAUGGGUUAACCGAGUUGGUAGCAGAGCUCGACUUUAAUGUACCUGCACAGAUGCAUUCUGUCCCAACCUCAACCAGUUUUGAAAGGUCGACUGCGCCAUCGAAGAUUAUGUUGUCCCCAGUCCUUAAACCCUUACCUGCUCAAAAUUCCUCUAGCAUUCGACGAUCUGCUCGUCUAAAUUCUAUAGCUUCAAAAAGCGAGAGCGAAGCAUUAGAGGACCUUAUGUUAGAGCUCAGCGGUACACAUGCUGCCCAUAAUCUUUCAGUGGUUUCUGCGACGAAGCCUCAUUUUCAAACAAGAACAACUCGGAAUCAAAUAACCCGCACAAAGGGGGAAAAGUUAAGACGGGGUCAAAACGAAGAUGGACCUCAAAAAAAGCGAUCACGUCCAACAUUUCCGACCAAGCUUAAAAUGAAUAAUGUCGAAAAUGAAGCAAUGGCGAAUCCUUCCUCACGUCAGCGGGUUCUAUCAAUGGAUCUUCGCAGCUCUCGACGAUCCGAUUCUGUUGUUUUUGAUACAUUGAGUGGAGAUAUCAACAAUGUGACGCGCGUGGUACUGACGCGUAGAGAUAUUAAGCUCCAAAACGACCGAUUUGCCGGCUUAGAUGCUUCACUGAAAUAA